AUUCUGAUACUCCAAAAUACAGAGAAAAAGAACUUCAAGAAUCUCCAUUACUUGCUUAUAAUGUUUCAAAUCUGAAAUUAAAAUUUCCCUUCUAACUUCAAAAAAAAGAAAAGCAUCCUGCCUAUUGAUGUUCACAAGUUUCUUUAGUUCAAACUUCAAAGGCAAUACUAAUUCUCUUACUCUAUUCAUGUUUGAUGUCAUUUCAGAAUAUAAUACUUCUAUCAGUCAACAGGUAGAUGAAGUCUACAUGAAUCUGGCGUUUUGUUUAAAUGAAAGCUUGAGACACUCAAUGCACAUAGAAUCAUAGGGAAAUCUCUUGUAAGAUAUGGGAUGUUCUCAAUCAAGGCUGGAUGAUGAAGAAGCAGUUCAGCUCUUAAAACACAGAAAGCUCCCUGCAAAAAGUGUCAGCUGCUCUUCAUAAUUACAUUGAAGAAGAUCACGAACCUCAAGGGUUCUUCCAUUCAUUCACACCCGACACAACCGUAGAGUUUGUCCCCAGUCCAGUGGCAAUGAAGGUGAACUACCUAAGGCCAAGUGGCGACCCUGUAGUUUCAGUUGAAGAGAGGAUUCAAUCUCCUGAGAUGGUUCAAGUUGAAGCGUAUUCUCCAAUGUACAAGUUUGGUAUUGAUGGUUUAUCUGCUAUGAAUUCUCCAUUCUAUUCUUAUUAUUCUCCCAAUAAUAGACCAAAUCUUCCUCCCCCAUCACCUCAAGCUUCCCAGUGGGAUUUCUACUGGAACCCAUUUUCAUCAUUGGACUACUAUGGCUACCCCACUGGAAGUAACCUUGACCCAGUACUUACGGAUGAUGAGACCAGAGAAGAAGAGGCAAUACCUGACUUGGAAGAGGACGAAACUGAACCAGAUGAGUUUACUAGGAACAGAUUAUUUGCAGAAGAAAGAACAAAUUUCGGUAUCAAUUCCGCCAUGGAAACCACAGUUGACGAAGUUUAUGAUGAUGGUGGUGGUGAUGAUGAUGUUGAUGAAGAUAAAGUCGACUGCUCAGACAAAGGCCAGGGCAGAGCAAGUUUAGAUGUGUCAAAUGCUCUAAGUACAGGUCGUGUUGAAACUAGACAAAAGAUGAUGGAGAUUAAUGAUCAAGAUGGUAAUGAAGAAACUUCAGGUUUUCCUGUCUAUAUGGACCGAAGGCCCACAAGCAUGGCAGAAGUGAUCUGGGAUCUGGGAUCCCAAUUCAAAGUAGUCUGCAACGCAGCAAAUGAUGUAUCACAAUUGUUACAGGGUGAGAAAGAUCAGUAUUUAUUGACAUCUAAUGAUCUGUCAGGUUUUUUUUGGUUGGGAAGAGUGCAAUUUAUAUAUAAUGCCACCCUCUUCAUGUUUGAACACUUACAGUAUAUUUGUUAAACUGAGCAAGAAAGUAGUAAAAAUGUAACUGC